CAACCUUUCAUUUUUAAUAUUAAUCGCUAAUAUUUUUUUUAUGGUUAUGGACCCUUGAGCAAGACAAAGGGAGCGCCUGGUGUCCUGUCGCGGUCCACCUGUCACAGAAAAACAAGCAACUUGUAGGAAUACAGUCAGACUUCACCACAUGAAUCGUGAUCAGUAGCACGGAAAUGGAGGGAAAGGCGUGGAAUUUCAGGGCGAACAAGGCGAUCGACGGCAGUAAGCUGGGAAUCCGGACGUAUAUCGACAUUCUGCGGAGUAAUAUCGACCACAGUGACGGCAGAUCCGUUAUCCCUCUCUCUCACGGCGACCCUUCUCCCUUCCCCAGCUUCCGCACCGAUCCCUCCGCCGUCGACGCCGUCUCCGAGGCCCUCCGCUCCGCCAACUUCAACAGUUAUUCUUCUACCACUGGUCUUCCUCUCGCUAGGAAGGCUAUCGCUGAGUACAUAUCUCAUGAUCUCUCAUACAAGAUAUCGCCAGAUGACGUCUAUCUAACCGCUGGUUGUGCACAGGCGAUAGAGAUCUUGAUCUCAGUCCUUGCUUUUCCUGGUGCAAACAUUCUGCUGCCUAGGCCCGGUUACCCGAUAUACGAUUGCCGAGCAUCUUUUGCUGGACUCGAGGUCCGCUAUUUCGACCUUUUACCAGAAAAAGAUUGGGAGGUCGAUCUCGAUGCAGUUGAAUCCCUUGCAGAUGACAAAACAGUGGCCCUAGUGGUUAUAAACCCUGGCAAUCCGUGUGGAACUGUUUGGUCACGUCAACAUCUCCAAAAGAUUGCAGAGACAGCUAGGAAGUUGGGAACAUUGGUGAUAGCGGACGAAGUGUAUGAGCGUUUUGCGUUUGGGAGAAACCCAUUUGUGUCAAUGGCAGAGUAUGCAGAGAUUGUGCCGAUGAUCAAAUUGGGGGCCAUAUCAAAGCUAUGGUUCGUGCCAGGGUGGCGACUUGGGUGGAUGGUGACACUUGAUCCUCUUCACAUCAUCAAAGAUUCCGGGCUUUUGGGAAGCCUUGAAAACUUCCUCAACAUGACUACUGACCCUGUAACCUUCAUUCAGGGAGCGAUUCCUGAUAUAAUAGGAAAUACAAAAGAAGAUUUCUUCUCAUCGAAGCUAAACUUGGUAAGAGAAUGUGCAGAGAUAUGUUACGAGGAGAUCAAGAAGAUUCCUUGCCUCAAUUGCCCCUCCAAACCUCAAGGAUCGAUGUUUGCUAUGGUCAAAUUAAACCUCUCACUGCUUGAAGAUAUCGGAGACGAUAUGGACUUCUGCUGCAAGCUGGCGAAAGAGGAAUCAGUUUUCAUCCUCCCCGGUCGAGCUGUUGGGAUGGAGAACUGGGUCCGAAUCACUUUUGCGGUCGAGCUGGAGUCCCUCAUAGAAGGGUUCGCUAGGUUAAACGACUUUGCCCAGAGACACACCAAGAAGUGAAGAGGUUCCCCACCGAAGCAAAUUAGGUUUUGCUCCUCAUACUUGGAUGAAAUAAGACGUUUGUUGCUUUAGUCAUUGUCACCCUUCAUUUGUGAUAAUGUAAGCCCCCAUACUCUCUGGUUCGGCUUCUACUUUGUGCUAAAGUUUCCAUCUUUCUCUGCGUAAGGAACUGAAGAAUGCGUCUUGGGAACUUAUCAAUAUCCACACUUUAUCCAGAAAACUGAAUUUAUUUGCUU